CUCCUCCAUUGUGGUGCACAUCUCUGCGGAGGAGCGGCAGAAGUAUGAGGAGGAGAUACGCAAGCUUUACAAACAGCUUGAUGAAAAGGAUGAUGAGAUCAACCACCAGAGCCAGAUGGUGGAGAAACUGAAGGGAGCAGAUGCUCGACCAGGAGGAGCUUUUAGCAUCAUCCAGAGGGGACAGUGAGAAGGUUCAGUCAGAGCUCGGCAGGCUGCAGACAGAGAAUGAUUCUGCCAAGGCCGAGGUCAAAGAGGUCCUCCAGGCCCUGGAGGAGCUGGCAGUCAACUACGACCAAAAGAGCCUGGAGGUGGAGGAGAAGAGCGUGCAGAACAAGCUGCUGGCUGAAGAGCUUGCAAAGAAAAUGGCUCACCUCAUGGCUUUGGAGGUGGAGCUGUCCCGCAUCCAGGCAGCGAGCAGCCACCAAAGGAAACGCAUCGCUGAGAUUCUCAACGGGCUGAUGAGGGACCUAAGCGAGUUCAGCACCAUUGUUGGAAACAGAGACAUCAAGCUGCCCAUGGAGAUCACCGGGGCUAUCGAGGAGGAGUUCACCGUGGCUCGCCUCUACAUCAGCAAAAUCAAGUCAGAGGUGAAGUCCAUGGUGAAGCGCUGCCGUCACCUGGAAAACCUGCAGAUGGAGUGUCACCGCAAGAUGGAGGAGACGGGCAGAGAGUUGUCCUCAUGCCAUCUCCUCGUGUCACAGCAUGAGGCAAAGAUCCGCUCUCUAACGGAGUACAUGCAGAGUGUGGAGAAGAAGAAGAGACAGCUGGAGGACAGCUACGACUCCCUGAGCGAAGAGCUGGCCAAAGUCCAAGCUCAAGAGAGCGUGUCACAGGUGACCAGGGGGGAGAAUCACACGUCUGACCUGGAUUCCUCUGAUAUAAAGAGGGCUCUGGAGCAGCAGAUGGAGUCGCACCGUGAGGCGCACAGCAAACAGCUGAGCCGCCUGCGAGACGAGAUCAAUGAGAAGCAGAAGAUCAUUGAUGACUUAACCGACUGCAACCAGAAACAGCAGCUGGAGUUGGAGCAAUUGCACUGUGACUUUGAAUGUCUGAGGAUCCGAGAGCAUCACAAGAGCCGGCAGCUGGAGGAACUGACAUUUCUUCAUGAGCGACAUGAGCAGUCAAAGCAGGAUCUCAAAGGGCUGGAGGAGACUGUUGCUCGUGAGCUUCACACCCUGCACAACCUACGCAAGCUUUUUGUUCAAGACCUCACGACUCGAGUUAGAAAAAGUGCACAGAUGGAGCCUGAUGACAGUGGGGGAUACAUCACCCAGAAACAGAAGAUUUCCUUUCUUGAAAACAACCUGGACCAGCUUACAAAAGUUCACAAGCAGCUGGUACGUGACAAUGCAGAUCUUCGCUGUGAACUUCCAAAACUGGAGAAACGUCUUCGGUCUACUGCUGAACGAGUCAAGGCGCUUGAAGGUGCGCUGAAGGAAGCCAAGGAAGGAGCCAUGAACGACCGCCACCGCUACCAGCAGGAAGUGGAGCGAAUCAAAGAUGUGAUGAGGGUUCGCAAUCCCUUCCGCCGGCCCCAUGCAGCACUGAUCGCCAAGCCUGUGCGUCCCGGCCACUAUACACCAUGCUCUCCAACGAACCCCUUCUUCGUUCGAGGCUACAGCGAUAACCCCGUUGCCUUCCUCCGAGCUGAUUUCCACAACAGCAACAACAAAGAAGCAGCUUCUCCUGCUGCUGCUCCUGCUGCUGCUCCUGAAACACCAGAGAGUGAGCCGAGGUUACCUGAGACAAACUCCAACCAGAACAGCCCCUCCAAACACCUCGACGCCAAAAACAACGAUUCGACUGACAACGUCUCUCAGAACAACAUGCUUUCAGAUGAACCCACGACCCAAACAGUCAAGAACACUGCAGAGAUGCUCGAUUCAGAAAAUGGAAACACCACAGAUAUCAAUGACAACAGCAUGUGUCUCAAUGUGAAUUCUGUGUCCAGACCUGACAUCUGUGACAACCAGGAUCCAGCCAGACUCUACAGCCUGCAGCCUGAGGCGACAACCAGCUAAUAGUCCUGAGCAGGCAGACAUUCUCUCUGAGGCCUCCUCUGUUUAUUUGCAUGCAGCUGAUCACUGUCCUCUUAGCCUCCCCUCCCUCACCCAUCCUCACCUGCUGUAAGCAGCCCCUCUCUGCCUCUCCUGUGUUCCCUCUCCUCCCCUUGCUUGCACCUCCUCUUCAAUCCCUUCUCCUUCCUGUACAAUGACAUGGGCUCUUUGUGGGUAUCAGUGGGACAUGUGGCAAACUCUGCAUCUCAAAUACCCGACCUGGCAGCUUACACCCACAGUGCUGCCCAUCCCAGCCUGCGACUUGGAAAAAAAACGAGACUACUCAGAGAAAGGUGGAGAAGAAGCUGCAGUGCUUUAGAGAACCACUAGGAAGUGCUGUUUGUCUCGGCAGGGUGUGACCAUACACAUGAAGUACAUUCAUCAGUGAGCUGAGAGCUACUAUCAUCAUUAUUAUUCUACAAGAUGAUUAUAGAUCUCUGAAAACAGUGUGAACCCGUGAGCUCAUCUUACUAGUAUUCAUACUUUUGACUCUGCAUGUUGAUUUUUGAUGUUGGUGUUCAAUUUCUCUUGAAAAACACAGGAAAAAGAAAAAGAGAGCUAUUGAGACAACAUUGUGACCCAAUGUUUUCAUUAAAACACCAGAAGGAGAUAAGCACAGUUCAUCAAUAUAAACGGGGAGUCUAAUACAUUUUUUGUUUUUUGUUAUGGUCAACAAAUCUCAUGAAAAGACAGAAACCAACAAUGCAUGUUUUUGUGUCUCUGGCUCGAGCAAACUGAAACCGUAUUAUCCACAAAGCAGCCAUUGAUUUGUUGUUUCAGUUUCAGCUGUGUGCUCUAGACUUAGACAACUAAAAAAAAAAAAUUGAAAACCAGCUUUUAAUGUCAAAUCAUCUCUUUGGGACUUCAGCUGUGGAUUAUUACAUAUUCGAUUUUUACAGUAACAGAGGAAGGCGUAUUUGUGACGCACUUAAAAUGAUUUAGCUUCUUUGUGAUAUUGAAAGUAUGUCCUCCUGUGCAGCAGCGUGGUUCACUGAUGUGUUUUAAUUUGAACAAUGGAGACGGUUGGCACACAGGAAUACACUAGUAGUACACCAAGCUUUACAUUCAUUGUUGGUUUUUGUCUUUUAAUGGCAAAUCAAGAAUUUCAACAGACUUGUCAUCUUAAAGGAAGUUUAAACAUUGGGCAGUUUCAAUCCUAAUUAAAAGCAGUAUUGCUUGUUUUUGAGGUACACUCCCUCUAUAUAUAUGAGGCUAACUGGUAUUUUUUAGAACCAGUGUCACCUGUCAAUACCUGCAGUAGUUGAAAAUGGGCCACGCCUUAAUGUAGACAAUUUCUAUGAUUUAAAAUGGAGCAAAGACAAGUUUGCUUCAUACAUACAAGUGUCAUUCAAUAUCAGAGACCUUACAACUCUUAAAGACACACAUUUUGUAUUUUGUUACUCUCAAAUAAUGUUUUUCAGCUAGUUAAAUUUAAUAUAACAAAGUCGUUAUUAUCUUAUAACAUCUAUAGAAGUAAACCAAAUUAGUGACCUCCUUCAGAAGUUCAUCAAUCACACUUUUCAUAAAACCUUGAAAACUUAAAAAAGUGGUAAACAUCAGUCAUCCACAGUACGUCUGACUUUAGCUACACUGCACUGGUUUGAACUCGUCUGAUAAGCCGCUUCAUCAAGUGUUAAAAGAAGAUUCCUGAUUGUUUUAAAAGACUGUGCUGUAUUAAAGAGACUUAUAAGCUGUCAAUUAUUCCUGUAAGACUUGCCUGUUAGGGAUCAGAUGUGUAAUAUUUAGUCAUUGUCAUGACAACCAAAAGCAUGGCAGAGAGGGGAAAAAAUAUUUGUGUAGCAACUAUUUUUAUACUGCUAAUUAUAUUUAAAAAAAUAUCUAUUAAUGAUCAUUUGCUUUAUUUCAAAUGCUAUUUAUUUGCUAUUUAUACUUAAUUUAUAGGAGUUGAUGAAUGUGAAGCAUACUGGGUUUUUUCUGAUGUGUUACUAUUUCCUGUUGACCUUGUUUCUUACACUGCAGAAUGCUUUGGAUUUCAGAUUUGUCACUGAAUGAAAAUGUGUGUUCAAAUAUGGAUUUUUUCAAGGGAUGAUGGUUCUUUAUGAACCUCCUCAGACUGAAACCAAAGCCUUGACUGUAGUGACUCAUUUCCGGAUGAUGCUCUUCAGUAGUCCAUACAACCUCAAGGGUUACUGUAGGUUAUCAAGAGCUGAUAUAGUCAUGUCUUAUCCCUCUGACACACACACACACACACACACAUUCAGAUAAAGCACCUCAUCAGCCAAUGAGGUAUUUGACCUUUGAUACCAAAAUAUAGAUAUGUCACAUGUUCUGUAUUACUUGUGCAGUUUACGGCGAUAAGGUAGUUGACGCUUUACACAUAUGCUGACGGUCUCUUACACGCUGCCCUCAGACGCUCUCUGUUUACCUCCUGAUCAGCCAGUCAGGGAGAGAGUCAAGGGUGACAGUAUAAGGACCUUUGUGUUUGUGUGUGUAUGUGUGUGUUUGUGUGUGUAUUUUGCGAUAAAAUAGUAGCUGCAUCUUCUUAAUGAAGACUCUUAUUCUUUGACUUCAAUUACAGUGCCAAUAUUUUUGUAUGAGGAUAUCUAUGAAAUAUUUACAGGGUAUUAACUGUGUUGGCAUGAUGGACGAGUUUCAGAAAGCAGUCUAAAAAAUUAGAAAUAAGUUAGGUGUUUUUCAUACCAAACAGUUCUGGGGACUUUGUGAGGAGGAGUAAUCUUCUAGGCAGUUCAAUAAGAACUUUCCACCAUGGGAACUUUUUUUCUGUCUGCAUUCACACCGCCAUGCUACCUAUUUUGAAGCAGGAGCUAAAAAGGUUCCUCUUAACAGGGUUCUAGGACCUGAAGUAGUUUAUAGUUCCUGCGGUGCAGAAUGAAUAAAAAAAGAGGAAGGUUCAAAGUUUCCCUAGAACUAUGAAGAAGUAAAUGUUAAAUAAUUAAAGGUGAGGGGAAUCACAGGCUCAGGAGCCAUGCCAAUAAAAGAUCCAGACAACGUCUGAUAUAACUUGGUUUAAAAAUACUUUUAUAUUACCUCUGAGAGAUAAUAUAUGUAGAGCUCUGUCCCCUCAAUAGUCAAAGAUAUCCCUGUGUUACAGGCCAAAGAAGCUGUUUUUUCUGCUACAUUACUUUUGAUUGUGAGGUAGAUAUUUCAUUACUGCAUUAUUACUUAAUUACUGUGCUUUAAAAUUGCGUCCCAUCGUAAUAAAUAGAAGUUAUUAGUUUGUCGCAGCUAACUGUGAAGUUUAACACAUGUUUUCCACUACGACAUAUAAUGUGCACCAUGUUAAUUAUAAGAAGAACUACAUUCAUUCAAAACAAGCGUCAAAACUAAUUUCACUGAGGUAUCCGCACUGUUGAAUUAUUUUCCUUUCUUUGAGGUGCAACAACUGGGAGGACACAACAACAUCAUCAGGACAUAUGAAACAGUUUUAAAGUCUUCAUCCUCUGUUCUCCCCUCUAAAGUUUCGUUCUAAAUGGUUACCCUGUGAAUACGUCAUGAUACCCUCCAUAUACAAUAUUUUAUUGUAAAGAGAGCUGUGAUCUAAAAUAUUAUUAACAGACUAUUUUCUUAACAUGUUAAGGCUAAUCAGAAAUACAUGAAGUACUUUAUCACUCUUUUCUUUUUCUUCUUUGUCACUCUUCAGAAGCCUUGACAUAGAGUAUUUAACGCUGCUGGGGAAAUUGAUUUCUUCCAAAGGGAUAAAAAAAGGUCACUGACCUACAGAAACUUUACAUUAUCACUGCAGUUGAGUGUGUUUACACAACCUCUAGAAACCGUGAGUUGAAUGUGGAUGGUCUUUUUAUGUCAAUGAAGACCACAAAGAAAAACAACUUUUCUCCUGACAUGCACUCAGGUGGUGUACUGAACUGUAGAUGUCUGGACUGAUUGAGUGUAUAACAUUUUAUUUUCAGUCUUAUUGUUUUGUUUGUCUAACUGUAACCAAUCUGAAAAUAUUCUGGCAAGGUGAAUAAUGUGUGAAACUGUAGCCUAAAUAUGCAGGAAUAAAACAAUGACAAGAAUGGAAGGGUGGUUUAAAAAAAAAAAACAGGUUGAGAUGUCAGUGUUUGUUUGUACUUCUGUGCAUUGGUUGGUUUGUUUAUGGCGUGUGACUUAGUGCAUGCAGUGCUUUCUUCUGUAGCUGCUGAGAAACAGUACUGUUGUCUCAUAAAACUCCUUUCAAUAAACAUGAUCCUGUGUACAUAUUGUAA